AUGGCUGUUCAUGACAAUCCCGCGAUUGCUGGAGCCAUUUCCACCUCCACCUCUGUCGAGAUCGGUCAGCAAGACCCAGACUAUCUCAAGGACUCCGAAGAUGAAUCUCUGCCAGAGUCACCUACCGCAGACGACGGGGCCAUCGACGCCUUUCGGGAGGCCAACGUUGCGGCCUUGAAUGACUAUGUCCUUGCCAAAUCCAACGACGACAAUUCGACCGACCACUCCGUGUCAAUCGGAAAUGUCAAAGAACAGGAAUCCGACAGGAUCAUUGACCAGGCACGCGAGUAUCAGGAGGAACUAUUUGAACGGGCAAAGGAUGAAAACGUCAUUGCUGUGCUCGACACGGGGAGUGGGAAGACGUUGAUCGCCGCCUUGUUGAUCCGGCAUUUUCUGCAACAGGAGCUCAUUGACCGCAGUCAGGGCAAACCGCCUAAGACCAUCUUCUUUCUCGUCAACAGCGUGCCUCUUGCCAAUCAGCAGGCUCGGUUCCUCAACGCCAACCUGCCUCAGAAGGUGAUUGCGCUCUACGGAGACUCAAAAGUCGAUCUGUGGAGGAGAGCGGAAUGGAACAGAAUCUGUGCCGAGAACAAUGUUGUUGUCUGUACGGCUCCUGUGCUGGACCAAUGUCUGAUGCAUGGCUACUUGAACAUGGGACAGAUCUCACUGAUUGUCUUUGACGAAGCCCACCAUUGCAAGAAGAAUCACCCGUAUUCGAGGAUCAUCCGCGACUACUAUCUCAAGUGGCAAGACAACAGACCACGAAUUUUCGGCAUGACUGCCUCCCCAGUCGACGAAUCCAGAAAAGACAUCAAGCAAGUUGUUGCUGACCUUGAGUCAAUGUUGCAGAGCAAGAUCAUCACAACAAAUGAUCUCUCGGUCUUCGGUUUUGCUCCGCGACCAGCGGAUGAAUACUGGAUAUAUCCACCACCCUUGGUAGGAGAGUACGAGACGGCUUUACAUGCCCAGUUGCACCCACUGUGCGGUUUCAUUGAGGAUCUGAAGCAGCAUUUUUCCUUUUCGAAACAGGCGUCUCGCGACCUUGGGGCCUGGGUAGCUGACCGCGUUUGGAAGUAUGCUCUUCCCACGUCAGAACAUGGAAUCACGGCUAUCAUCUCCAAGCUCGAACGGAGCUCUACCUACAUUCACGCGAUAGACGAUGCGGGACGAGAGGCGGCCCUGAAAUCUGUUCGCGAGGCAAUCUCCGUCAUUGAGAAUCACGAUUUUGGUGCUCCGUGUCUCGAGAAAGACAAUGAGCUGUCCCCAAAAGUGGCAUACCUCCGUCAACGGCUCAAAGAGCGCUAUUCCUCAUUUCCAAACACCCGUGCGAUUGUGUUUGUCGAGCAGAGAUUGACGGCUUUCGCUCUUUGCGAUCUGUUCAGAGUGCUCGAUUUGCCGAAUGUACGUCCAGGGCUCCUUGUCGGUAUCAGCCAAAAGGGAAUUGACUCGAGUUCGUGGAAAGACCAAGAAGUAGCUUUGGAAAAGUUCCGAGUGGGCACCAUCAAUCUCAUCUUUGCAACUAGCGUGGCGGAAGAAGGCAUUGACAUCCCUCAGUGUAACUUGGUGGUCAGAUUCGAUCUGUACAAGACACCAAUACAAUACAUGCAGAGCCGUGGUCGCGCUCGCAUGAAAGGUUCUGUCUAUGCGCAUAUGAUGGAAGAAGGAAAACAGAGCCACCAAUCCGAAGUCGACUACGCCAUAAGCCAGGACGACUACAUCCGACGGUAUUGUCAAGAGCUCCCUCCGGAUCGACUGCUGGGUCGCGGGACACGGUUGAGGCAGAUCAUCGCCCGCGACAUGAGCUGUCAAAGCUUCAAGACGUCCGCCGGAGUGGUUGCCAAUUACAGCAACUCUCUGAUGCUCCUCAACAGAUAUGCCGAGUCAUUGGCCAGGAUUGGAGCAGUGUCGGCAGAGGUGUAUGAAGAACUGAUCGAUGUGGAAGAAAACAUGUUCAGAUAUAAGGUCAUCCUCCCUCCUACGGAUGAUGAGCGUGCGGCUGCAGUCAAAGGUGCUCGAGGAGACGCCCGGAUGAACAAGGUGCUCGCCAAGCGGUCCGCCGCCUUCUGGUGCUUGGUCAAGCUGCGCCGGGCACAUCUUCUGGACGAGAAUCUCGAUAGCAUCUUCAGCAAGGUCAAGCCGCACAAUUUGAAUGCGCGAGAAGCCGUUUCGGACAAGAAGGACAUCUACGAGAAGAAGCUCAAGCCGGAUUUUUGGGUCAACAGCGGUGUCGGAUCGCCAGAUCUACCCACGGAAUUAUUCAUCACGCACGUGCGGCUCGAGCCUCGCACACCAGACUGGACCACAGCUGGCAUAUUGUUACUGACGCGGUCGCCACUUCCGGAGCUGCCAUCUUUUCCGGUAUAUGUCGAUGACAAUGUUGAAAAACAUGUCAUCCUCGAACGGCUUGACCGGCCAGUGGUCGUCUCUCCCGAGCAAAUUGAAGCCUUGACCAGAUUCACCUUAUGUGGAGUGUUCGAAGACGUAUUCAAUAAGUCUUUUGCCCCUGAGUCUCAGUCCAUGAGCUACUGGCUGGCGCCGCCGGGAGAACAGAGUGGGAAGUGGACUUUUGAAGAUGUUAUCAAUGUGCCUGAGCUUCAUGUUGGUGGCUCAGGAGAACGACAGCGAUGGCAACCAGCUGCGACUCCGGACACUACGAUCGACAAUGCGAGAAAGUGGUGUAACGCAUUUCUAGUUGAUCCUGGUAGUGGUAAAUUCCACUAUUUCACCAGAGAUAUUGUCCCGGCAACAACGAUCUGGGAUGCCAUACCCGAUAGCGCGAAGGAUGUCCAGAAGAAACAUAAGGAUACUAUCAUCGAGUUCACAGACAGUACCUGGCGGAAGAAGGGUAAAGAUUUGGGAUCCCUGGCACACAAGUACGACCCGCAUCAACCUGUCCUCCAAGCCAAGCUGGUCAUGGCUGGCCGGAACUUUCUGGAGAAAUGCCCAAAAGAAGAACAACGAUACGCCAUGUGUGAGAUCGCGCCGCAGCCCUUGGAGAUUGCUCGAGUGUCGUAUUCAGUCGCACAGAUUUGUCAGUUGUGGCCCUCCAUUUUACACCGAUUGGAAGCCUACCUUAUCGUUGGCGAGGCAUUCGACAAGCUGGACCUACGUCAAAUUCCCUACAACCUGGCUCUGGAGGCCUUUACAAAAGACAUCAAUGCCGACGAUGAAAUGGGGGAGAUGGGAAUACAUAGUGAACUGGACGGAACGGCCGAGCCAACAUCGUCAGUGAACUAUGAAAGACUCGAAUUCAUUGGCGACUCAUUGCUCAAAAUGAUGACGACCAUCACCGUGUUCAACCGAACUACGUGCAACGAAGAAGGCAUGCAUUGCAAGCGCAUGGAAAUGAUUUCGAACAAGCGACUCUGUUCCGUUGCAUCGUCGCCCGAGUACGAACUGUACCGCUACAUCCGUGCAGGAACCGGUGAUCGCUGGCGGGACACUUGGUAUCCUGAAUUUCUACGGCAGCUCAAGAAAGGCCGAGUGAUUAAACUGACUGACAAACAUCGCACGCACGCCCUCGGUAAGAAGACUAUUGCCGACGUAUGUGAAGCCACAAUCGGGGCUUGUAUCAUGACGACCCAGGAUCUCCCGACGUCCACCCGGUUCGACCUUGGAAUCAAAGCCAUCACGAAAUUGGUGGGACACGAAGACCACGCCAUUACUUCCUGGCGGGAAAUUCUGCCCAUGUACAAGGCCCCCAGAUGGUCUCUGGCCAUGAACGACCCAGUUGCCAAUGACCUGGCACGCAAAGUGUACCAUGUUACAGGUUACCGGUUCAAGAAUCCGUGUCUGCUCCGGUCAGCAUUCACACAUUCCUCGGACCAGAACUCCCCGGUGCCGGAUCUGCAACGCCUCGAGUUUUUGGGUGAUGCAUGUCUCGACUGGGUGUGUAUCUGGUGGUUAUUCCGCAACAACCCGACGCGUGGCCCGCAGUGGCUGACCGAACACAAGAUGGCCAUGGUAUCGAAUCGAUUCCUUGCUGCUUUGGCCGUAAUUUUGGGAUUCAACAGGCUCAUCUCUGCCUCCAGCCCCGCGCUGUACGCAGAGAUUGGGACCUACGCGGCCAAAGUUCUAGAACUGUACGAGCAGGAAGACGUUAAGCCCGAUUUCUGGACCCGGGUCACGUCGGGCUCCGCCCCGCCGAAAGCCCUUGCCGAUCUGGUCGAGAGUUAUCUCGGGGCCGUGCUGGUCGACUCCGGUUUCGAUUUUGCCGAGAUUGAAAAGUUCUUCGACACCCAUGUCGAAUGGUUCUUCAGAGAUAUCGAGGCAUAUGACACAUUCGCCAAUCGACAUCCCACGACGCAUCUGUUCCGCUUGUUGACAGAGGAGUUUCGCUGCCGGAAGUCCAGACCAGAAGUCAUCGUCCAGCCAGUUGAACCCACGACAGCCAACACGGCAAAAGGAGGGGCGAGAAAUGACGCGGUGGGUGACGAAGACGAUGGCGCAGGCGACGAAGCCGUCACGGGAAUUGUGAUACAUGUCGCCUGGUUUGUUCAUGGCCGCAUGGUCGCAGUCAGUCACGGCCAGGGCGCAAAAUAUGCCAAAGUGCGCGCGAGCAAGGCCGCUCUGAAGAUUCUGGGGAAAUUGAAGGUUGACGAGUUCCGCAAGCAAUGGGGGUGUGAUUGCGCUCAGAGCCAGGCGAAGGAUGGUAGGGACAGCACUGGUGGCAAUGGUAAAGUCAACGGCAAUGUUGAUGGUACUGCUACCGCUACUGGUACUGUUACUGCUACUGCCCAUGUCGGUACCAAUGGAAUCGCAAAUCCCGGUACCAAUGACAGCUACGUCAGCCCGAAUGGAAUUGCUAAUCAUGAUGCUCACACCAAUGCAAAUGGUCAACAGAAAGCCAAUCUCCCGAUGAUGAACGGACAUGGACAUGCGGAUGGAUGA